UUCGAUUUAUGCACGCUUACGCCUUGAAUUAUUCGGCUACUUGUUUUUUAUUUACAAAAACAAAUAUUCUAAUAUAGUUUUAUAUAAAUGCUAUUUUUAUUUUAAGAAAUAUUUGAAGUUAAUAGUAAUUCGUUAGUUUCCCUCUUUUAAAACACUGGUUAUGAAUGCAUCACCCUCAACUUCUUCACCAACUUCAAAGAUGCGCCAGAUUCCAUUUCCCUGCCGAUGGCAGAAAAUUACAUGCUCACAUAGUCAAGAUUGGCUUAGACAAUUGCUCGCUAAAGCUUUGCAACAAUCUCAUAGAUAUGUAUGGCAAAUGUGGCCUCCUAGAUAACGCAGUCCAACUGUUCGAUGAAAUGCCUCAAAGAGAUUUAGCUUCAUGGGCCUCAAUUUUUACUGCACACAACGAAGCCAACCAACACCAAAAGACCCUUUCCCUCUUUCCCAACAUGUUUUUGGAUGGUCUUUGGCCUGACCAUUUUGUUUUUGCUAGCAUUGUUAAGGCUUGUGCUAACUUAGGGACUUUGAAAGUUGGCAAACAAGUGCAUGCUCAGUUCUUGAAAUCAGAAUUUUCUCAUGAUGAUGUUGUUAAGUCUUCUAUGGUUGAUAUGUAUGCAAAAUGUGGAUUGCCUGAUAAUGCAAAAACUGUUUUUGACGCGAUCUUGGUUAAGAAUAUGAUUUGUUCAUCUGCAAUGAUAUCGGGGUAUGCACGUGUUGGGAGGAAAGAUGAAGCUUUUGAGCUACUAGGAAAGUUGCCAGUGAAGAAUUUGCAAUGUUGGACUGCUUUGAUAUCUGGGUUUGUGCAAAAUGGGAACUUGAUUGAUGCCAUUGAUGUUUUUCUUGAAGUAAGAAGAGAAGGUGUCGAUAUGAAGGACCCCUUUAUUCUUUCGAGCAUAAUAGGAGCUUGUGCUAACUUAGCAGCCCUGCAGCUCGGGAAACAGAUUCAUCGAUUAGUUUUAGGACUUGGUUAUGAACUUAGUUUGUUUGUUAGCAAUGCCCUUGUGGAUAUGUAUGCAAAGUGUAGCGAUAUUGUGGAAGCAAAGAGGAUGUUUGAUAGUAUGUUGACAAGAGAUGUUGUAUCUUGGACCUCAAUUAUUGUCGGGAUGGCACAGCACGGGCAAGCUAUUGAGGCGUUAUCUUUAUACGAUGAGAUGAUCUUGGCUGGCGUUAAGCCAAAUGAAGUAACUUUUGUUGGAUUAAUCUAUGCUUGUAGUCAUGUUGGAUUGGUCAGUAAAGGUCAGAGUCUAUUUAAAUCCAUGAUUGAAGAUUAUAAAUUAAGUCCUUCUUUGCAGCAUUAUACAUGCUUAUUAGAUCUGUUUAGUCGAUCUGGUCACCUCGAGGAUGCUGAGAACCUUCUUAACACAAUGCCAUUUCAGCCUGAUGAAGCUGCUUGGGCUGCUUUAUUGAGUGCUUGUAAGCAACACGGAAAUACUGAAAUGGGAGUUAGGGUCGCCAAUCGCUUACUAAUUCUCGGACCAAAAGAUCCUUCAACUUGUAUACUGCUGUCAAAUACUUAUGCUGGUGCAGCUUUGUGGGACAAUGUAUCUAAGUUGAGGAAGCUGCUGGCAAAUUUGGAAAUUAGGAAAGAACCUGGCUACAGUUCUAUUGAUUUGGGAAAAGAAACUACGACAUUUUAUGCUGGAGAGGCAUUGUAUCAUAUGAAGGAUGAGAUAUUUGCACUGCUAAAGGAAUUUGAUUCCGAGAUGAGGAAGAGAGGUUAUAUUCCCGAUACCACGUUUGUUUUGCAUGAUAUGGAGCAGCAGGAGAAGGAAAGGCAGCUUUUUUGGCAUAGUGAGAGAUUGGCUGUGGCUUAUGGACUUCUGAGAACUGUUCCUGGAUCAGUAAUAAGGGUGGUGAAAAACCUUCGGAUUUGUGGUGAUUGCCACACAGUUAUUAAAUUUAUAUCAAGCAUUACAGGUCGUAAAAUUAUCGUUAGAGAUGCUAAUAGAUUCCAUCACUUUGAUAAGGGGAUAUGUUCAUGUAAUGACUUUUGGUGAUUGUGUCUCCAACUGUUGAGUAUGUGUGUUCCUCUAUAUUUGGCAAGCUGUACAUUAUUUGACAUCCAUCGUUGGAGACUCUUUCAAAUAUGGGCAGCCAGACGGACCUCUUUCAAAUAUACCUGUGCUUAAGGUAUCUAAAGCUGGUGGUGAGUCUUUAACUUGCUUUCAGGUGUUUCAAUGUGCAUUCUUCGGACGUGAUCUUGUAUCUACCAUGAAGAGUGAAACUAUUUCUAUUGAAUACAAGGAAAUUUUUGACUUGGUAGACACUGGAAAGAAGAUAAAGGCGAUGAUCAUACUUUGUUUAACCCCUAUUAUGUUACAUUGCUUUGAACUCUUCAUAACCUUUGGAGAACUCACUCCAAUUUCCUGAGUUUUCUAUAGCAGGAGAUAUCUAUAGUAUGGGAAUGUAACAAAAUACCUAUGAAUUUUAGUGAAAGAGUUAUUCCUCAA